ACCAGCUUUUAGAUGCCAGGCAAAGAUAUUCCUGCCCACCCAGAACAGCCAGCAUGGAAGAGGAGCCCGCUGAAGACUUGCCCCCAUCCUCAGAGGAGCAGGAGGGUGCUUUGAGGACCUCUUCCACAGCUCUAGAGGUGGAGGAGGAGAUUAUCAUGCCUACCUCCACUUCCUUCGAGGGCGAAGAUGAGGAGACGAUCCUGCCCAUGUCUACAUCCCCGGAAGAAGGCGAGGAGGAGGAGGGCAAGGAGACGUCCCUCCCACCUUCCGAGUGGGAGACCUCAGAGUCGCUGGUCCCGCAGGAGCAGAGCCCAAGUGACGAGAGGUCUUCUUCCCAGCCUCUGGAGAGCUCGGAGCUCUCCUCCUCCUCCACAGCCUCCUCGCCUUCCACGUCGCCUCUUUCCUGGAAGAUGCCGCGGGAGGGUCUGCAACCCCUCGAGGAGGAGGAAGACAAGCAGGAGAGCGAGGAGCCCACGACAGACCUGAGCAGCAUCCUCCCCCAGAGUAGUCAGCUGGGGGUGCAGAAGAAGGGGGCCAAGAGGAAGGGGGCUGUUGUGAAGAAGGGAGCUCUGAGCUACACCGUGAGGCCUGUUGUGCCGGCUGAGAAGGCGGAGCUCGUAUCAGUGGCUAAAGCGAUGCACCGUGAGAACUUCGGCAAGAAUGUCAAGGAGCUCUUCCACCUGGAGAAAGAGGCAGCCCUGAAGUCCAUCGAGACAGGCCUCUACAUUGGCUGGCGCUGCCCUGAAUACCUGUGGGACUGUUUCCGUGUGGGUGAUGAGUCCAAGUGUUUCUGUGGUCAUCUGUUGAAGCAGCAUCAGGUCUAUGUGGAGAGGCGGGCGACUGUGCCCUGCACCCUGCCUGAGUGCAAAUGCCAAGGCUUCAUGUUCAUCCCAUCAUGCCCAGAGGAGGUGGGUGAAUUCUGGCUGCAGAGAAGGACUGGCUUUGAUCCAGCUGCCUGGAGGGCAAAAUGCCGCUGCAAACACACUCACGAGGAGCAUGUGCCAACUGGAGCCCGCAUCUGCAAUGCCCGAGGUUGCUCCUGCAGGGCAUUCACAUCCAGCUUCCUGUGUGCAGCCUGUGAUCGGCGCUGGGAGGAGCACGAGACCUUCUUUGAGUCAGAGGAGACACGCCGCAAGGGGGGCCGGCCGUGCGGAGAAGCCUAUCUGCCUUUUGCCGAGAUGCCCAAACUGCGCAAUGCCGUGCUGACGGGGUGCUCCGAGGACAACUCUGCCUACCAGGCCCUGCCUGCCACCUCUGGCUCACACGCUCUGCCUCUUCCCCCCUCAGGGCCCCGGAGGAUAGUGGAGAAAGACGACAAGAAGGCCUGAGGGCGGCCUGCAGACGGGAGCCGCUCACGGCGCAGCCAGGAGGCAAUAAAGGGAGGUUGCUCUGGGCACGUGCCGUCUGGGCGUCUGUUCAGGGCCUUGGGGACAGCUGCAGGCAGGGGGGCUCAGGGGCGGGAGC